AAGUUUCUUUCUGUAAUUUAGCAACACUCGCCGGCGUCGAAAUCGCAAUUUGUUUUCGUUUUACGCGUUUGCCAAAAACAAGGCAUUGAUUGCCUCAAUUAUUAUCUAAACCUGGCGAUUGCGAUCAAUCAGAUUAAGUCCUUGCCCAAGGCACCUGUGGCGCUGUAGAGAUAUGUAAUUUAGAUUCCGUUUCCGUUGUGGCCGUUGUAGCAGCAUAUUAGUGUGCGUCAGUUUUGUCAGCAGAGCAGAGCAGCAGCAGCAGCACGUCACGUAGCAGCAUAAAACGCGAGAACCGCUGUAAUUGGUCGCGAGGGAGAGUGGUGGGCUAAGACGUUGACGUGAAAUGUGAAAGAAGCGACGCAAAUUAGAUGAAAGUAGCGGAAAAGCAAGAGCCGGAGCAGUAAUUACAAAUGAAUGGGCCAUUCUAGGCUGCCAAAUUCUAACAAAACACACAUACCUACAUACAUGCUCACGCUCGCUCAUAUGUAUGUAUGCUCGGCGAGUGCAGCGGACGGAUACACAUACACAUACAUACAAACACAUGCCACUCGCAGGCAAAGCAACGGGCCAGCUUUUGAAUUACCAACAUUAAGAAGAGUAGCACCUGGAGAAGCAAAUAAUUAAGAAGAGAAGACAGACAGACAGACAGAGGCAGCGCAGCAUUUUAUUAAGCGCAGCCGAGUAACAGAAGCUAUCAGAGCGCCCGACGCCCAACGCAAUUCCAUUUUCGGCUUCUCGGAGAGCAACUUAAUUGUAAUACCUACCUACGUUUUAAGCCUAGUUAGUAUCUAACUUUAAGGUCUACAGACAGCAGACACCAUGUGGAAUUCCGAACCAACUCACCGCCAGCAGCAAAAUCAGCACCAGCACAAUGGAAACUCUACCUCCGGCGGUCCGCCCGCCACCAAACAGCUGGGCAUGACCUCGGCCAUCAGUCUAGCCGAGCCCCGGGCCGAGGAUCUGCAGCGAACGGAGGAGCUGCGCGGCUCCCUGGAACCAUACAAUGUGUUCGAGAGCCAGGACGAGCUUAACCACCGCAUGGAGAUCCUGGCCAAGCUCAACACCCUCGUGAAACAGUGGGUUAAGGAGAUCUCUGUCAGCAAGAAUAUGCCAGAAUCGGCCGCCGAGAAGCUCGGUGGUAAGAUCUAUACAUUCGGCUCGUACCGAUUGGGUGUCCAUCAUAAGGGCGCCGAUAUUGAUGCUCUAUGCGUGGCACCGCGCAACAUCGAGCGCACCGACUACUUUCAGAGCUUCUUUGAGGUUUUAAAAAAACAGCCGGAAGUCACCGAGUGUCGAUCCGUCGAAGAGGCCUUUGUACCGGUCAUCAAGAUGAACUUUGAUGGCAUCGAGAUCGAUUUGCUGUUCGCCCGGCUAUCCCUCAAAGAGAUACCCGAUGAUUUCGAUCUGCGCGACGAUAAUCUGCUGAGAAAUCUCGACCACCGUUCCGUGCGCAGCCUCAAUGGUUGCCGUGUCACAGACGAGAUCCUGGCUCUGGUGCCGAACAUUGAGAAUUUCCGCCUGGCCUUGCGCACCAUUAAAUUGUGGGCCAAGAAGCAUGGCAUCUACUCAAAUUCCUUGGGAUACUUUGGUGGUGUUACCUGGGCUAUGCUGGUGGCCAGGACCUGCCAGUUGUACCCAAACGCAGCUGCCGCCACCCUGGUGCAUAAGUUCUUUUUGGUGUUUUCGCGCUGGAAGUGGCCCAAUCCAGUGCUGCUAAAGCAUCCCGACAAUGUUAAUCUAAGAUUUCAAGUCUGGGAUCCACGUGUCAACGCCUCGGAUCGCUAUCAUCUGAUGCCCAUCAUCACACCAGCUUACCCGCAACAAAAUUCCACAUUCAACGUGUCGGAAUCCACCAAGAAGGUCAUAUUGACCGAGUUCAAUCGCGGCAUGAACAUUACGGACGAGAUUAUGCUCGGACGAAUUCCGUGGGAUCGUCUCUUCGAGGCCCCCAGCUUCUUUUACAGAUAUCGCCACUUUAUCGUUUUAUUGGUUAACUCGCAGACGGCGGACGACCACCUAGAGUGGUGCGGACUGGUCGAGUCAAAGGUGCGUCUACUGAUUGGUAAUCUGGAGCGCAAUCCUCACAUUGCCCUGGCGCACGUGAAUCCCAAAUGCUUUGAGUUCAAGAAGGGUCAGAGUGCCAACAAUUCGCAGAAUAACAGUGGCAACGAGGACGACCUGAAACAGUCGCAGGGCAGCCAGUCCUCGGUGACGUCAGCGCCCUUCUGUUCCAUGUGGUUCAUCGGCCUGGAGUUCGAGCGUUCGGAGAACCUUAACGUCGAUCUCACGGAGAGCAUACAAAACUUUACGGAGCAUGUGAUGAUGCAUGGGGUCAACAUCAAGAUGCUCAAGGAGGGUAUGACCAUCGAUGCCCGGCACGUGAAGCGCAAGCAGCUGUCGCUCUACCUGGACGCCGACUUCCUGAAGCGCGAACGCAAGUCCAUGGAGAACCACAACAACUUCAACAACACGCUAUUGGCCAACCGCAAGCGGCUAUCCACGGAGCUGGCCCAGUCCCAGGAUACCCUGGCAACAGGUCAGCAGCCGAGCGGCAAUCGCGGCCGGGACAGCGGUGCUAAGAUACACAGGCUCAGCGAAUCGCUAACGGAGGAGAAUUCGAAUGCCUCGAGUGAUCUGGGAGCCGGGACGCCCACCACGCCAACAGCGGCGCAAAUGAAUGCCCCCAACUUUAAGAGCUCGGGAAAGAACGGUUCCGAAAUGGACACCUCGGAGCCGGAGACGCCGUCGCACAACAACGGCACCAACAACAGCAACCCAGCCACAACGGAGGUGGCCUGCUCGUGACAACCGCCAACCUUACAUCCGCCGCCGGCGCAACAGCAACCGCCGCCCCAGCCCCAGCCAUCGCCAUCGCCCCACCAUCAUCAUCAUCAGAACCAGAAGUUCCGAAAGAACAACAACGCGGCUGCGGCGGCCGCCUCCAAUAGCAUUUUCAACCAGCGCUCGAUCCUGCAUGCGGCUUCCAGUUUAACGGCGGCUCUAAGCAUAACCGGACACAAGCGCAAGCAGCAGCAGCAUACGACGACAACCCCAACAUCAGCAGCGAUCAGCACCACCAGCAGUAAUGUUGUUUAUGGCAACCACCACAAUAGCAACGGUGUGGUUAGCAGCAGUAUCGGCGGCGGUGGUGGCAGUGGCGGUGGCGGCGGCGCCAAUAAUUUUAACAAAAUCUAUUACAUUGAUGAUGAUGAUGAUGACAACCAACCACAACAUUUGACACCCAACCAACAGCAACCAAUAGCGGCCCGAGGAGCAGCCACAUCAGCAACAACACCCACACCCAAACCCACAUCGGUCCCUGUAGCUGCUACAGCCGCAUCAUCGGCACCGACAAUUUCUUUGUAAAAAGCUAUAGCACAUACCAUUUAAGGAUUAGUUAUCAUAGUUAUUCUCUUCUCAUUGAUUUUCACGGCAUCGAUGCCCAGAAAUUAGAAGCCCACAAUAUUUUAUAAAAAGCGGUUUCUAACAUACAGCUCUUUAAAAAAAAAGAAGUUAUUUUAAUCAUUCUUUACAAUUGUCUAACGAAAAAAUACAAAAACAUUAAGAAUCUUCAUUCAAACAAAAAAAAAAAGGAGAAACAACACAUGAGCCACCGUUCAGCCAGCGGCAGAGAAAGCAUUUCUCUCAAAAUUUAUCUUAAUAAUAUUUUGUUGUACAUCUUUUUUACUUCCCCAGAGCUGGUUUGAGGAGUUCAUAGAAGUUGAAGAUGAGGAGAAGGAUGAGGAUGAAUGGGUGAGACCCCAGGAGGAGCACAUCAAACAUCCUUGAGUUCACCUGCAGCAAAUAUUACUUACGAACUUAGAAUUCUUUCUUAUCAUUUUAUUUUAUCUUGUUUUCAACAUUUGUUUUCUUCUCCUUCUAGUUCUAGUACAACGCUGAAAAUUUGAAACAAUUUUGUUCGUUUUUCUAAGAAAUGAUAUCUGAAAAAAGGUAAUAACAAAAAACAU